AUGUAAGACUAUAGAGGCAAUUUCAAAAGGAUUGAAUUUGGUGUUUAAUAGACUCCAGUUAAAUCUACAAACAAUAUGAAUGAUUUUUAGUCCUCAUAGAAAUUAAAAUAUGAGCAAGUGAGCAAUAAACCUUAAUCAGUGAAUGUUAGUUUUAUAAAUGCUCCUGUUACAAUGGUAUCGAAAGAGCUCUUCACAUUAUAAAUACCAGUUAAAGUUAAAUAACUGACUGAUGAUUGGAAUACAUAAUUAACAUUGAAAAUGAUUAUGCAGUCAAGUCAAUAAGCGCAUGGAUAAACAUUGAGAAUUGAAUUGACAGAUGAUACUAACUUCUCUUUUCUACAAAUAUUGGAUUUAAAUGAGAGUGAGUUCUUGGCUUUAAAAAAUGAAUAGAGUUUACAUGUGGAUUUUGCAACAUUUCCGAUGAAAUUAGCAGACUUAUUAUAAUUAUGCAUAAAUAGUUAAAGAGAUGAAAAAGUGAAUUUCUAUGUUUGUUUGGAAACCAAGAAUGGAGAAUCCACACUAGCAGUAAUCGAAAAUAAUGAAUUCAAAAAAUUAACACAUUUAUCAUUGAGAUUGAGGAGUGCUACAGAUGAUAUACUUAAGUACUUUUUAGCAAAUAAAUUGGCAAUAGAAAAGUAAGAGAAUGAGGAAUUGCAAAAGAAAACUAAGAAAAUGACAGAAUAAUUGGAAGAGAAAUAAUGGGAACUAGAGAAUUUGAAAUCUGAAGUUAGAAAAUUUACAGAGGAUAACAACGCUGUCCUCCAAUAACUGUAAUUAGAUGAACAAAAGAAACUAAAUGACUUUAGAGAAUAGGCAUUAAGCAGGGAAACUAAUUUUAAAAGGGAAAGUGAAAAUGAAAAGCAAUUUAUAAUUGAAAAGUAUGAAAAAAUUGUCUUUGAAUUAUAAAAUAAAUACACUUAAUUGCAAUAAAUAAAUUAAGAAUUAUCGGAAUAAAAAAUUCAAUUAACCCAAUAAGAAAAGGAGUUAAAGAAUAGAUUUUCAAUAAUUUCAUAAGAAUCCUAAUAGUUAUAGAAGGAAAAUUCUGAGUUUAGAGUAUUGAAUAAAGAAUUGGAUACACUUAAGUUUUCUUAGGAAAGACAAAUAAUAGAACUAAGAAUAUAGAAGGAAGGAUUAGAAAAAUUAUUACAUGAUAAGGAGGAUUUCUUAAAUAACAAAUAACAAUUAGUAGACAAUGAAAAAAAGUAAAAUGUUAUUUUAGAGGAAUAAACUAAUAAUUAGAAGAAACAAAUUGAAAAACUAGAGCAAAGAAUAGCUGUUAUGAGUGAUGAAGUCAAUAAGGGAAACCAAAUCAUUGAGAAAUUAGAGAAUGAAUUAAGCAAACAAAAAGAAAAGAAUAAAUUAAAAAAUACUGUUUUUCUUUAAUAAGAAUAGACAGUAUAAUAAUUGUAAGAUGCAAAUGAUUAAAAUAACAAAUAGAUUAAUGAAUAGAAGGACAGUUUAGAAUUGAGAGUCAAAGAUUAAGAAAAUACAAAUUUAGAUUUAAAAAAUAAAUUGGCUGAAAGUUAGAAAUUGCUUGAAUCCAAUAAUUAAAUGAUUUAGUACUUAAAUAAAUGCUUGAAUGAAACUAAAGUUUAAGCACCAGCUUAAAUGCCAGGUUUUUCAACAUUGAAAAGUCAAACCUUCACAAAGUACACAUCUCCCAUACCAUUAUAAGAAGAUCGAAGUUUCAGAAAUUAAAGUGUUACUUAUUAACAGAAUCAAAAUAAUGUCUCUUAGAUUUCGAAUUAAACAAUAUAAAACAAAUUUAAUUUCUGA